AUGCAAAUCUUCAAGCCAUGGCCGCUCUACGUGAGGGCCAGCUUUAUCACCUCCUUCAUAGCGAUGCUAUUCGGCCUUGAUACUGGAACCAUUGGCUCCGUAACGACCAUGCCCGCCUUUGAAGUCACCAUGGGUCCUAUCUCGUCCACGAUCCGCGGCGUUAUCGUCUCGUCCAUCUUGCUCCCCGGCGCCCUGGCCGCCCUCGUCGCAGGCAUCCUGGCCGACAGGCACGGUAGGAAGCGCCUCAUCAUCCUCGGUGCAGUCAUCUACGGCGUCGGUGCAGCCAUCGAGUGUGGCUCCGUCGCCCUGGCCAUGUUCAUCGUCGGGCGGCUGAUCAAGGGCGUCGGGCAGGGCCUGUUCCUGAGCACGGUGUACGUCCAGGUGUCCGAGAUCAGCCCGGCCCGGACCCGUGGCACCAUGACGGCGCUGCCGCAGUUCCUCAUAGUCUGCGGGCUUGUGACGGGGUUCUUCAUGUCCUACGGGACCGCCGGCAUAAAGGGCUCGUCCGCGUCCUGGCGGCUGCCGCUGGGCGUGGCCAGCUUCCUGGCCUUUGCCUUCGCGGCGAUAAAUGUCUUCACGCCCGCGUCGCCGCGCUGGCUCCUGGCCAAGGGCCACGUCGAGCAGGCGCGCACUAUUAUUGCCGCGCUGGGCCUGGAUGAGGCCGAGCAGGAGGAGUUGUUGGCCAUGUCUUCUUCUGCGCUGGAGCACUCCCCUGAUGAAUCCUUCCUGGAGUCACUGGUCCACACGUUUAAGGACUUUGGCGAGGCUUUCUCGGCGCCCGUCAGGGCGAGGACGGCGUUUGGGUGUUUCAUCAUGGCCUUCCAGCAGUUCAGCGGGAUCGACGGUAUCUUGUAUUACGCGCCGAUUCUGUUCAGCCAGGCCGGGCUCUCAGGGGAGAAGGCGAACUUCCUCGCCUCUGGAGUCUCCUCGCUCGUCAUCCUGGCCACCACCAUCCCCGCCUCCAUAUGGGCCGACCGCUGGGGGCGGCGCACCUCGAGUAUCCUGGGUGGGGCGCUGAUAACCAUCCUCAUGGUCUUGAUGGGCUCCAUGUACGCUGCUAAUCUUGUCCAUGGAAGCUAUGGCGCUGGGAGAUGGGUUGUUAUUGUGUCCAUUUACCUCUUUGCUGUUGUGUACAAUGGGACCUGGGCUAUUGGCUUCCGCACGUUUUUAGUUGAGAGUCUGCCCAGAAAAACGAGGAGCAGCGCAUCCUCGUUGGGACAAUGCUCCAACUGGGUCGCAAAUUACAUUGUCGCUCUGACUACUCCUGUUAUGAUUGACAAGUCGUCGUUUGCCGCAUAUUACUUCUUUGCAGGCUGCACGUUUAUUUGCACGGUCGUGUGUACGCUGUACAUGUUUGAGACCAAAGGCCAUACCCUCGAGGUCAUCGAGCAGAGGUAUCUGGAUGAGAAGGCAAAUUCGACCGGACGGUGGACAUUCGAAGGCUUCAAGCUGAAACCGGUCACAAAGGUUUCUAGGUGCCCGAGUGUGAGCAGGCCGAGCUCUGCGGACGGCAAUGAGCAUGCUUAA